CCGCCAUCCUGAGAUGCGAUGGGCUUGGUGUCGCGGGACCUGGGUGGCCUUAGUGGAGGGACACACCAUCGGCCGGGCGGCCAUAGCAGACAAGAAACGACGAGAGACAGCUGCUGCCGCGGCAGCUCAAGAUGAUGAUGGCAGCUGGUCGGCCGACGAGGGCACGUUGGAGGUGCUGUCCUUCGAGGCCGUCGAGCUCGGUUCCAGCAUUCGCAUCCCCUACCCUCCCCCCUCAUCUGAUCUGCCCGCCGCCCCCUCCGCCCCCGUCAACCUGCCCGCACUCAAGACCGUCGACAACAUACCCAGCGAGUGCCUGGCUGCUCGCGUGGGGCGCCAGUGGCGGACACCUGCCGUGAAGACGCUCAUCACUCGAGGCUAUUUCAGUGCGUCAGAGGAGGCUGUGAAGGCGUGGGUGGUCGACUGUGAGGCCAUUGAGGUGCUCGACCCCGCCAUUUUGGGCGCCGCCGAUGCGGCGGAUGUGCUGAGUGCGCUGCCCGCUCACGGGAAGUCGCUCGGGUCACUUCGCACACUGCGAGGCGUCUGGAUCGGUAGCAGCUCCGCCGACAUCGACCGACUGCGUGAGGUGUUGGUGGCGAGGGGGGUCAAGCGGUGGAUCAGCGAGCUCAAGAUCGACAUGGGUGGCCAUCUGGGGAACACAGACGAGGAAUGGGAGAGACUGCAGAAGACCGCACAGCUCGUGUGAGGACAGAUAAGAAGGGAGAGGGGUUCAACCCCAGAUGUGCUCGUCUUUUCGUGGUGCAUUUCUGCAGUGACGCUGUGGCGCAUCGUGAGGCGUUGUCGAGGCGCAUUGUGGGCAACAUCAUUUGGCGUGGAUCCAUCGACCUGGAGCUCAUCUCCCGCACCAGCAGCAGCGGCACUCCCCUUAUGCAGCGGAUCAUUGACAACUACGCCAAGGGAGCCCACGUCGUCGCCUACAGCGGAGGUGACGAGGCCAUCCCUGCAGCCAUCACCGACGACUCAUUCCCAGCCGCCCACACCCUGCAGCUGCUGGACGAUGCCCUCGACGAUGAGGCCAAGAAGGAGCGCGCCCUCAAUAUCGCCUCACACAUGCCCAGCCUAUCGUGUAUCAAGACAGGAGACGGCGAGGUCGGGGAGGUGAUGGACGCACCCGUCCGUGAGGUCUGGCGCUUUCUCGAGUGGCUGCAGGAGGCGCUGGUCAGCAAGGGGAGGGAGAGGAGCCUGACGCUGGAGAUCGUCGUGUCGGCCGCCGACUUCACAGCACCCCUCAGCGGUGGCCGAAGCCCGGCGCUGUGGGGUCAGGGCAGUAACGCCAAACGGCCGCCGAUCGAGAAAGUGUCCGUCUCUAUUGAUGGUGAGCGGUGACGGGAAUAAGCAGGGACAGCCGUUGGCCGCGUCGUCGGUGCAUGGCGAUCAUGUUUGUGCACUGUGUUCGUGUUCAAUUUACCGCAGGCGAUGUAGCGGAUGACGAGUUGGAGAGAUGGUACCAGCACGUGAUGGCCUCGCUCAACUCAUUCAACCACAAGCUCAAGGUGCGACGCGCACCACCCACACACACAGAUGACUCACUGCCGGACAAUGAAUGACAGGGCCACAAGAGGACCACUGUGUGCUUUGAGGACGACGCCGUGCGCACCUACUUCGAGCAGCGUUUCCUGGCUGAGCUGGCCGGACUCAACCUCAAUGGCGGCCCGUACGAGUUCAGCUUCUCCGAUUUCUCGCUGGUUGUUGAGCGGCUGGACACAUAGGUAAGACGCAAAGCGUUUGCACGCCGCCGAAGUGCCUUGAGCGUCUGUCAGCCUGUGUGUGCUGUACUGUGCUGCGUCAGGUCGGCACAGAAGCAUGACACGACACCGGUAGCUGGCCGUUGAUGGGCGGAUGGAUGGAUGGAGGGAUGGCUGCUGCCGUGAGUGAGCAGCUUGAUGGCGUGUACAGGCGGUGGACAGACAGUUAGGCACCUAGAUCGACGGCUGGAUGGAGGGGUACUUUACUCAGCCAUCGCUUAUGCCCACCACGGCCAAGACAUGACAGGGCGGUCGGUGAUUCUGCAUGUGUAGCUACUUGUUUCCUUGCUCGAUGCGUGCGUGCAUUGCUGUUGGUGUCCAUGACCUACCUGCCGCCUCACUGUUGUGUGAAUGAAAAUGCAUGCGUCUGUGCCUUCCCAAAUCAAGG